CUAAAAAUAGAAAUAAGACUGAGCGAUGGUACGCUACUUGUGAUAUGUUGAUACGCUGGGCAUGAAAAAUUUGUCAUGUUUCAGCCACGACAUAUAAAAGAACGUUGCUUCACCAGCACAAAGGGACCUUAAAAACUCUUAAUAUCCAAUCUUUAUCUUAUGGCUGUCUACGCGCUGCCAACUGAAUUAAUAUGUCAGGUCUUCACCGAACUUGCCAGCCCUAGUGACUUCUUCAACCUACAACUUGCAUCCAAAUCAUUCAACGCCAUUUCUGACGUACCAAGCGUACGACGAGCCUUUUUGGAAAAAUUAUUCACUCCAUCAAGGAAGCACAUUUUCGCAACCACCAAAGAACAAUGGUCUGACGAGACUUUCAAAGGUAUCUGCGCCUUUUUGGAGUCCUCCAACAUCAAGCCUGCCUAUACCGACAUUCGACUUGUCAUCCAACAAGUUCCUACUUCGCAUUUCUGCAACUUCCUGUAUCCUAGCAACGAUGUGAAGAGAGCUAUCUUGAACUUGUUCAAGUCUCAAGCUCUUCCAGCUCAAAGUUCUAAGCCACUCACCAUCCCCACUUUGGACAAUGACAUUUUGGCACAAGCCGAAUAUGUCGUUUACCAGGAAGCCACCAGCCACAUGGCUCCUCGCCGCAUCUUCUACAACGUCACUCUCAAGAAAGACAGCGACAAGUUUUCUCGUGACCAACACUUUUAUGCAAUCUUCCACCACAUUGAUUGUCUAGUCGCCUUCGACGACGACUUGAACAUGCAUGCUGGUAUCCCCCAAUACAAGGACGAGAGCAUUAUCACCAGUGCUGCUUGGGAAUCAUUGUUGUCCUCAGAGUCAGUUGAAAUUAACAACAUGCCCACAGCUGGCGGUCCAAGACGUAUGCCAGUUGGCGAAGAAGCUUUCUCCUGUACCUUGGAGGAUCUUCCCAAGCCUGAAAAGCCCAAGCCUUGCUUGCUUCGAACGUUCUCUAACUGCGAGCUUUUGAACGAUAUUGCCAAGGGUGGUCUCAAGAAAGGUCAACAAUUUGACUACGUCUUCAUGUAUGAACAUGAAGAUGAUGACUCUAUCUGCAUGGAAUUCUGCACCGCUGACGAUGGUGCAGUAACUCCCAGAGGUUAUCUCUUGAUGACCGAGAACAACAUCAAGUGGCAGUAAUUGCUAACGUAACAUAAUCAUAAUAUCACUAUCCAUUGUAUAUAUCCCACAAAUAUUACCAAUAGUUUUCAUAAUAUCAUCCAUUAUAA